CUUAUUCUGCACAGGUAACUGCACCAUGGCACAGGAAUCUAAACAACGUAGGAUGUUGGUCUGAAGAAACUAAGGCUAUUUCUGUCAUUUCUAUCAUCCCUGUUCCUGCCCCUCCUCCUGGGUGUUGGUGGUGUCACUAUGGCAACGAGCACGCGCCGCCCAGGCUCAAUUCUGAAGCCGUUACGGACCUCCGCCGCCUCACUCUCCGGAGACUAGCGAUUUCACCUCGCGUCCCACCCACUAGGUCUCAGAUCCAUCUCCCUUGGCCUCCGCGCAAGGAGCCGAAGGACAGCAUGGCCAAAGCGGCAGCUUCUUCGCCGCUAGAAGACUUGGAUCUUAGUGGAGAGGAGGUCCAGCGGCUCACCUCCGCCUUCCAGGACCCGGAGUUCCGGCGAAUGUUCUCCGAGUACGCCGAGGAGCUCACGGACCCUGAGAACCGGCGGCGCUACGAGGAGGAGAUCACGGCGCUGGAGCGUGAGCGCGGAGUGGAGGUGCGGUUCGUGCACCCGGAGCCGGGCCACGUAUUGCGCACCAGCCUGGACGGGACCCGGCGCUGCUUCGUGAACGUGUGCAGCAACGCGCUGGUGGGCGCGCCCAGCAGCCAGCCCGGCUCUGGGAGCGCGGUGUCCGGCAGACAGUGGUCCCUGCCCUACAGCCUGGCCCCCGGCCGCGAGUACGCGUCGGGGCGCGGCACCCGCUACACUGUCUACGACGUGGUCUUCCACCCAGACGCGAUCGCGCUGGCCCGGCGCCACGAGCGCUUCCGCCAGAUGCUGGACGCCACGGCCCUGGAGGCCGUGGAGAAGCAGUUCGGCGUGAAGUUGGACCGGAGGAACGCCAAGACCCUGAAGAUCAAGUACAAAGGGACCCCGGAUGCCGCCGUGCUGCGCACGCCCCUGCCCGGAGGCGCGCCGGCCCGGCCCGAGGGGGAGCCGGAGAGCCCUUUCCCCGAUUUCCCCUACCCCUACCGAUAUCCGGCGGCCGGCGCGAGCGCUGCAGUCCCUCGGCCCCAGGCGCCCUCCCCUCCAGAGGCCGUCCGGCAGCCCGCCCCCACCGAGCCUCGCUACAGCGUGGUGCAGCGCCACCACGUGGACCUCCAGGAUUACCGCUGCUCCCGGGACUCGGCGCCCGGCACCGUGCCGCAAGAGCUGGUGGUUACCAUCGAGCUGCCGUUGCUGCGAUCGGCCGAGCAGGCGGCGCUGGAGGUGACGGGGAAGCUGCUGUGCCUUGAUUCAAGGAAGCCCGACUACCGGCUGCGACUCUCGCUCCCGUACCCGGUGGAUGACAGCCGCGGCAAAGCACAGUUCAACAAGGCCCGGCGGCAGCUGGUGGUGACACUUCCCGUGGCGCCUACCGCUUCGCGCCCGGAGCCCGCCGCGUCCCCGGAAGAGGCAGCCGACCCGCCAGGAACUGACGGCGCAGCCUGCGCUUCCGCUUGCCGCGGGGAGGAGGGCCCGGCGGGGGUUUAUGCUGGGGACGCAAGCUCAGGUCCCAGCCGAACCCGGGCUGCAGACGCCGGGAUCACAACUCCGGACGCUGCCGGGAAGGAGCGCGUCGUAGAAUCCGAGGAACGGGAUUUCGGCGGGCAAGAGAUAUCAACCACGGGGGCCGGGGAGGAGCCGCCUUCAGGAGCCGGAAACUCACCUGGGGACCGUGGCGGAGGCGCUCUUAGUACUUCCUGUGGGGACCUCGACGCGGGCCUUUCUGUAGGGAGCGCGAGCGUGCGCCCGACCCUCGGCGUGGAGGCGCGCGAGACCCGGGAAGGCCCCGGCAGGGAGCCGGCUUAUCGAGCGAUGGGUGGUCCAGGGACCGACCGCGGCGAAGCUUUGUGCCCGCCUUUGCAGUGUAGUCAGGAUGAAGAAUCCCUGACACUGCUCGUUCAAGUGCCUUGGAUCCUGCCUCAAAGUCUUCAAGGGGAAGUGAACCCCAUCUGGUACAAAUUGUCUUUCUCUACCCAAGACUUAGUUUAUUAUUCCUUCUUUUUGCAAUUUACUCCAGAGAAUAAAUUGAGUACCAAAGAACCAGAGGUUAGCAUUUCUUCCAACAAUGCAGUGAUAAACCUGGCCAAGUCUCCAGAAUGCCAUGGAUACUGGAGAGAGUGGUAUUAUGGUUUAAACAACUAUUGUUUGGAGGAAAGGUUAUUUGUCAAUGAAGACAAUGUUAAUGAGUUUCUUGAAGAGGUCCUGAGCCCUCCACUCAAACAGACAUUACCCCUGACUCCACCAUUAAUUGAAGUUCUUCAGGUUACUGAUAGUAAGAUUGAAAUACAUGCAAAGUUGCAAGAAUGCCGUAACUCUGAGCAGCUUCAUGAAAAAGAAGAAAGAGGCCAUGAAGGAAGUCCUUUAACAGAAAAAGAAAAUACAGAACAUGCUACCACUUCAACAACUGAUUCUGCUUCAUCUGUAGCAGUCACAGUCCUAGAAGCAGACCGUUGUGGUUCAGCCACAUGCUUGCAACAAGGGGCUCUUGAUGUUUCUCAGAAGCUGUUUGCAGAGUCUCAGCAACCUAAGUCAGAAAAGGAACGUGAAUUUAUAAAAGACAAAAGUGCUGUUUAUGCAAAUGAAAGAAAAGAUAACUUAAAAGAACCAGUAAUAACUGAAGAGAAAGAACCGGAUGGAAACCACCCAUCUUUGUUACUGAACAAAACUGCAGUUCACAAUACACCUGGUUUUGACCACAUAAAGGAAACCAAUAUGCAGGAUGGUAGUGUGCAGAUCAUUAAAGAUCAUGUGACUCACUGCUCAUUCAGUUUUCAGAAUAAUUUGCUUUAUGACUUGGAUUAAUUCUGUAUCAUUUUUUAGAGGCUGAGUAAAAACUUUUGGGCAUGAAACAGAUUGUUUAUUAUCUUAAAACCAAAAGUAUUCAAAAAAGUAUAAAAUGAAAAUUUGUAUUUUUAUUACGGGGAAACUGAAGCUAGUAUUUUGUGUGUGUGUGUACACAGAGAGUUUAUGUCAAUACAAAGCUUCCUGAAUUAUGGAAAUAAGUUUUGUGAUUCCUCUGUUGUAUAUUUUUUCUAAUGGAGAGUAAAAUGUUUAGUGUCAAAACAACCUGUUUAUAGUCUUUUGGCUUUUGUUUGCCAUUACUUUAAUAAAGUUUCCAAAAUACUGUGUCAUAAAAA